AUGGAUUAUCUCUUCUUUCUCUUUCUCUCCCUUGUCCUAACCCUCUCCUCCGCCGCGCACCCAAAAACCCCCCGCGCCGCCCCCACCAAAACCGUCACGCCUGAGAUCCAACAAGCCUGCGCGGCCACGCGCUUCCCGCAGCAAUGCGAGACCUCUCUCUCCCAAUACGGCAAACUCCCGUCUAACCCGACCUCUCUCCAGUUCAUCCAGUCUGCCAUCGCGGUCUACUCCGAAAACCUCUCCACCGCGCAGUCCAUGGUGAAGUCCCUCCUCGACGCCGCCUCCGAAAGCCGCAACCUCACCGUGGCCGCCUCCACCUGCAUCGAACUGUUGGACAACUCGAAGCGCCGGACUUCCCUCGCCACCGACGCGCUGCCACGAAGGAAAAUCAAGGACGUGCGCGCGUGGCUGGGCGCCGCGCUCGCUUACCAGUACGACUGCUGGAACAGCCUUAAAUACGCGAACGUGUCCGUGGCGGUCAGCAAAGCAAUGGCUUUCAUCGACUCCCUGGAAUCUCUCUCCAGCAACGCCCUCAGCAUGGCCUUCUCCCUCGACGCCUACGGAGACGAUACCGCUUCGUGGAAGCCUCCCGCCACCGAGCGGAACGGUUUCUGGGGGAACAUCGGCUCCGCCGAAUCCGGCCCCGUCGGAGGAGUUCCGCCCAAUUUGAAGCCCGACGUCACGGUCUGUCAGGGGGGAGGAGACGGCUGUUAUAAGACAAUACAAGAGGCCGUUAACGCCGCACCAGAUAACGGCGACGGGACGAAGAGGUUUGUGAUACUCAUAAAAGAAGGAGUUUACAAGGAGACCGUUAGAGUUCCGUUAGCGAAGAGGAAUGUGGUGUUCUUGGGUGACGGCAUUGGCAAGACGGUCAUAACCGGUGAUGCUAACGUGGGGCAACCACCCAUGACAACUUACAACUCUGCCACAGUUGCGGUUCUUGGAGAUGGAUUCAUGGCAAAGGAUCUGACGAUUGAGAACACGGCUGGUCCUGACGCACACCAAGCAGUGGCAUUCAGAUCAGACAGUGAUCUUUCUGUGAUUGAGAACUGCGAAUUCUUGGGCAACCAAGACACUCUCUAUGCUCACUCCCUGCGCCAGCUCUACAAGUCAUGCCGCAUUGAGGGCAACGUGGACUUCAUCUUUGGAAAUGCUGCUUCAAUUUUCCAAGACUGCCUCAUACUGGUUCGUCCCAGGCAACUGCAUCCAGAGAAGGGCGAGAACAAUGCUAUCACUGCACAUGGCAGAACAGACCCUACACAACCCACGGGCUUCGUUUUCCAGAACUGUGUCAUCAAUGGCACGGAAGAGUACAUGGCUUUGUAUCACAGCAAUCCUAAAGUGCACAAGAACUAUUUGGGUAGACCUUGGAAAGAGUAUUCUAGAACGGUUUUCAUCAAUUCAGUGUUGGAGGUCCUUUUGACGCCCAAGGGUUGGAUGCCAUGGAAGGGUGACUUUGGCCUCAAGACACUAUACUAUGGAGAGUUUGGGAACAAGGGACCAGGUUCUGAUUUGUCGCAGAGGGUACCCUGGAGUAGCAAGAUCCCUGAAGAGUACGUCGUAGCGUAUUCAGUGCAGAAUUUCAUUCAGGGAAACGAUUGGAUUCCGUCGUCAUCAUCUGUUGGUAUCCCAUCGUCGUCGUAA